AUGCUUACUUUAAAAUUGGAUGGCAAGGUUUUCACAGGUCUCCUCGACUCAGGAGCAGAUGCUACUGUCAUUUCCUCGAAACAUUGGCCUAGUAGCUGGCUGUUGACAGCCUCUGUAACCCAUCUGCGAGGCAUAGGCCACUCCGAUAACCCACAGGUCAGUGCCAAGGUACUUACUUGGAUAGAUCAGGAAGGCAAUUCAGGGACUGUCACCCCUUUUGUCAUCAGGGAUCUCCCUGUCAAUAUUUGGGGCCGAGAUAUUCUUUCUCAAAUGAAUAUUAUUAUGUGCAGUUCUAAUGAGAUUGUUACAAAGCAAAUGCUGGCACAAGGGUUCCUUCCAGGACGCGGACUGGGUAAGGAAGCUCAAGGCAUUCGAUACCCAAUACAAGUCCAGCAGAAACCAGAUAGACAAGGACUAGGCUUCCCAGAUUCGGAUUUUCCCUAA